GCUACUGGAGGCAGAACAGAGAGGCAGGAAGAUGCACAGAGACAAACAGAGAGACAGAGACAGACAGAGAGAGAGAGGCGCACAGACAGAAAGACGCACACAGACAGAGAGACAGAGAGAGAGGCGCACACAGAGACAGAGAGAGAGAGAGAGGCGCACAGAGAGAGAGAGAGAAGCAGAGUGAGCGAGGCGGAGGCAGUAUCUGAUCUCCAGGCUCUGUGGAUGCUUUUUUACUGUCCCGUUCCAUCCUGAAGGGAGUCACUAAAGAGCAUCCUUGAAUGAUGCUCUAUAUUACAGCUCAGCCUUUCAGGGUGAUCACCUGUGGGCUCUAUGCAACCUUUGAGGAUUGAGAUUACAAAGCAUUGAAUGCAGGCAUGGAACCAAUGGACCCUACGAUCACUGAGGAAGGGUCUCUCUCUAAAGGAUCAGAGGUGGAAUGCGACUGAAGGAAAGGAGAUCAGGAAAAUAAGUCAAGACAUGAUUCAGUAUUCCUCUUGUGCAGUUUAUGAAAUAUAAAAGUGGUAAUGAAGGCUGUGAAUGUUCAAGAAUCAAAGAAUCAAUCUUUCUGGUUGUUCUCCAAGGAUAUGACCGACACACUGCUCUCUGAUCUUUAUUGAAACCGCCUCCCUUGAAUCCCAGGGAUGUGAAGGGUUUAACUGGUUCAAGUCCAGAGGCGCAACUUGGAAUUUUCUACCUGUAUCUGGACUAUACAACCGCGAUGAAAUAAAGUGCGGUGGAGCACAUCAGGAUGUGUGAGAAACGUAAAUACCUGAGAAGUGGAGACAGUGGGGUUGACACUGGCAUCAUUUUCAAGUGGGAUGAGAUUGAAGGCAACAGUCCAAGCACCGGACAAUGAUAAGACAGAGCCAUGGCUGAAAGGAAGCAUUGAUGAGAGGGCACCACACUGAUGUUGCCAGCCACAUGUCCCCCAACAAGGGCCUGGUGUACAUAGUACUCUGUGUUUCACAAACAGACUGUUCUCUUUGCCCGAGUGGAGUCACUAUCCCCAAAGCAAAAGCUCACGGAAGAUUUUUCAUUGUCAGUCAAAUCAAAAUAUUUUUUAAAAGAGAUUGUUGUUAAUCAAUUGGAUCAAGUGAAGAGCAUCUGCUCACGUCAGACUAUGGUGGGAUGGUUGGACAUGCCCUACAAAGUUCGUUCUGGUCGCUUCGAUCGCUGCUAAACUGUAGAGGGCCCUGUUGGGAGGCAGUGGUGAGUUUCAGCCCAGUAUCACCCCUGCCCUCAGUUCAGUCCAAACCUUAGGAUAUCUUCCUACCAUCAGGAUAAUGCACACAUCCCCAGUGUGGUUCUCUGCAGACACUAUGAGCAACAUGACUGUGCUUGACAGUGCUGACCCCUAUGACCUUGACAUGACCUCAGACAAGGCCAUUUACCCCCUCAGCUUCCAGGUGUCUCUGACAGGCUUCCUAGUUUUGGAGAUAGUUAUGGGCUUGAGCUCCAACCUGACAGUGCUUGUCCUCUACUGUAUGAAACAGAACCUGAUCAGCUCCGUCUCCAACAUCAUCACCAUGAACCUACAUGUGGUGGAUGUGCUGGUGUGUAUAUGCUGCAUCCCGCUGACAGCCGUGGUGGUGUUACUUCCUUUGGAAGCAGACACAGCACUGAUCUGCUGUUUCCAUGAGGCCUGCAUCUCCUUUGCAAGUGUAGCAACUGCUUCAACCAUCCUGGCCAUCACUCUAGACCGCUACGACAUUUCAGUGCGGCCGGCAAACCGUGUGCUUACAACGGGCCGAGCUGUGGCUCUACUGGGAUCCAUCUGGGCUCUCUCCUUUUUCAGUUUCCUGGUUCCAUUUAUGGAAGUGGGAUUCUUCAUCAAGUCUGAUUCAGACUUUUUGAACCAGACUGCAGUUGUCACAGUGUCUCAUACUAAUGAGUAUUACACAGAGCUUGGUUUGUACUAUCACCUGCUAGCACAGAUCCCUAUAUUCUUUUUUACAGCUGUAGUAAUGCUAGUGACUUACUACAAGAUCCUUCAGGCACUUAAUAUCCGCAUUGGAACACGCUUUCAGCACAACCUUCCUAAAAAGAAGCAAAAGAGUAAAAACACCAUCUCUUUGAGCACUGCGACUCAAGCCGAGUCCACAGACGCUUCACAGAGCAGCACAGGGGUCCGGUCAGGUGGGACUGCACCUUUGGGCAUGCGAGCAUCAGUGUCCGUCAUCAUUGCACUAAGACGAGCAGUCAAGCGGCAUCGAGAGAGGCGGGAGAGGCAGAGACGGGUCUUCAAGAUGUCUCUUCUCAUCAUCUCCACAUUCUUACUUUGCUGGACUCCAAUAACUGUGCUCAACACCAUCAUCCUCAGCACUGGGCCCAGUGAUUUAUCUGUUCGCCUCCGCUUAGGCUUCCUGGUGAUGGCCUAUGGAACCACCAUCUUUCACCCGCUCCUCUAUGCCUUCACACGGCAGAAAUUCCAAAAAGUUUUGAAAAGCAAAAUGAAGAAGAGGGUGGUGUCUGUGGUAGAAGCUGACCCUACACCCAACAAUGUAGUCAUCCAUAACUCAUGGAUUGACCCAAGGAGAAACAAGAAGGUUACCUUUGAGGACACGGAAGCCAGACAAAAGUGUCUAUGUUUUCAGGAGGCCCAGUAAUGUGAUUUAUAUUUCUGAAUUGAUUGAUCGAUUUCUUCAAUUCUGUAAACUCAUUGGGAAUAUACAGUCUGUUCAUUAAAGGAACUUAAAAGACCUUAGCACAAGCGACUGGUGUUUCAGAUGGAGAUGAUGAGUAUUGUUGAUGCAAAGGGGAGAUGGAUAUAUAUUUUUAAUACAAUGAUGGAAAACAUUGUAUUCCACAUGUCUAACCAGCUAAAUACACAUCUGCUCAAUAACAAUGGGCUCUGGGCAGUUUACUUAAUGAAUAAUAAAAUUCUGAAAAGAUGUGUUCGUUGAGAUCUGAAUAGGUGUCAAAGGGUACAGUAUUUGAUGCUAUACAUUAUAGAAUUACGUGAUAUCAAGGGAAAUUCAGUCAUACCUUGGUAUCGCUGCGGCAGUGCGUAAUGUUUUGUGGUUAGUGCAUUAGAGACACAUUUUGAUGUACAGUCAUAGAACUCCUUGAUA